AAGGAGAGGCAUUCCCUCACCCUUGACCAGCGUCGGGCUCUGCGCCGCUGGGCUAACGGUCAGACUAUCCGUCCUUCUCACAAAGCCUGCAUAGAGUGGUUCUACUCGCAGUACGGCCAGCAGAUCAGCCAGUCCACCGUCUCCCAUUCGCUGUCGCCAAAGUACUCGCGUCUGGAUAGCGACAAUCCCCAGUUGUCUGGCUCGCGGCUGCGAUACGGAAAUUGGCCCGACGUCGAGAAGCUCGUCCUCAUCUGGUACCAGCAAGUCCAAGCAUCCGGUCGGCAGCCUACCAACGAAGAGCUGGGCGAGAAGGCCAAGUCCAUCUUCAACCAGCUUCCGCGAUACAAGGAUGAGAACCCGCCCGAGUUUUCUCCCGGCUGGAUUCACCGAUUCAAGAAACGUUACGGUCUUUUGAUCCGAAGGCAGCGCCGCCACGGCGACGGAGGUAUGAACCCGGCUGAGGAUAUCGCGUACCUGGCGGACUGCAUUCCCCGCUUCAUGAACAUUGCAUCCGAGACCAGCCCAGCCGCCAUUCGAGAGGAAGUUCUUCGCGUUGUCGGCAUCGAGCCAAGCCUCAACACGUGUGCGCUUGCUCGCGACGAAAUCGUUCGAAGAAUCACGAGCCCUCAACCACCACCACCGCCCCCUCCAAUGGUCGCUCCCGACCCGCCCUCUAUCCCUCCACCACAGCCGGACCAGCCCAUCUACGCAGACGAUGACCCCGAGGUGGUGUUGCAGAAUGCCUUGCGCCAGCUUCAACAGGAAGAACAAGCUGCCGAGGAGCAGGCCGCGGCAGUACGCGAGGAACGCGAACGAGCAGAGAGAGCCGGACUCCCACCACCCGGCAUCAUCACCACUCCUGGUGGGCGUGCUUCAUCUGUCCACCGCUACACGUCGACACCGGCCCACGACCUGAGUACGGACCUUACUCUGACCCCAAUCAACUCGGAAGGACCCAUUGCGCGUGAUGAUCGACCAGUGCGAUGUCCUUUCUGCGUCAACCAACGGAUGCUGCGAUCCAUCAAGGAGGCCGUCGAGCAUCUGUCCACGCACGUUGUUGUUUGA